UGGCAAUUUAUCUUACUGUACGCCAGCUAACUAUCCGCUCUCUUGAUAAGCGGUAUUACACGGAACACAUGGAAUAUGAAUAGUUGUAAAGUUAAUUAGUAUGAUGGCUUCGAAUUAUCAGCAUGAUGGUGCAGAUGGUACACAGUGUCCAAUUUGCUUCGAACAGUUUCGAGAUCCAAAGGGACUUGAAUGCUUGCACACAUUUUGCGAAUCUUGUAUUCAUGAAUACAUCAUUAAACUAAAAGAAAAGCGAAAUAUUCUCAACGGCAUAGAAUGUCCUCUUUGCAGACAUGUCACAGCUGUAAAAGAUUCAAGUCAGUCUCCUGAAAACUGGGCUAAAUCAUUACGACCAAAUUAUGCAUUGGUAUCGCUUUUAGAAACAAUGCAAUCGUUACAGGAGGGACAUCACACAAAAGAAGAGCAUAAAUGCUUUCCUUGUUCAGCUCAAGAUCUUGAUAUACCUGCUUCUGUUUUCUGUAGAACAUGUAAAGAACACCAGUGUGAUGACUGUCAAAAGAGCCACGAGCGAUUUACAUAUAUGAAAGGCCAUAAAAUAAUCAUAUUGGAGUCUGGACUCAAACAAACAGGUCGUAAGAAGUUGCGAAAAAUUUGCCAAUGUGAUAUACAUUCAAAACACCUAGAAUUCUUGUGCACAGAUGAAAAUGUUCUUUGUUGCAGUACGUGUGCUGUUGUCAAACAUCGAAAAUGCGAUAAUGUGAUUGAAGUAAGCGAGAUGGCUUCUACAGAGAAAUUACGGCAAUUAGAUGUACAGAAUGAGGUUUCGGGUGUGAGAAAUCAAGUCUUAUCAGUUUCAAAGUUCCUUUCAAAAUCAGAGGAUCUCCUGACAUCUCAGAUAAAAGCAUUACCGGAUUUGCUGGAGGAAAACAAGCACAAGUUCGUCAAGAAUUUUGAUGAAUUUUCAGCCAAAAUUCUGAAUGAUGUAGAAAAGAUUAAGCAGCAGAAGUUCGCCGCGAUAUCUGAAAAGAAGCGAAAAUGUAAAGAGAUUGAAGACAAACUCGGUGCGGUUCUGAAAACCGUUGAUAUUUCACAGUACGCAACACCGCUUCAGUCAUACAUCUUACACCAUCGACUAAACAACUUAAUGAGAGAAAUAUCUGAUAAAAAGUCAGAUGUUUUCCCAAAUCUCAAAGAGGAAAGUAUAAAGCUAGAGUUUGACCGAAACCUCGUGUCUCUAGUAAAUUCCAAAUCUCACUUCGGAUCAGUUCGUGUAGAUUCCAAAUUGAAACAACACGAUACCGUUCCCGAUUACAGGGUUGUAUCCUUGUCCGCAGAGAAAAAAUUAGGCAAAGAUGGAACUGUUGCAUUUAUAACAGGAAUAGAUUUCAUUGGAAAUGGAAAAUUCCUAGUUGUUAAUAACAUAUCAAAAUCAGUUGAUUUAAGAAAUGAAAAAUUAGAAGUGGAAUAUACAUAUCGAUUGGAAUUUAAUCCGCGAGAUAUUCUUGCCCUGAGUGAGAACGAAUUUGCAAUAACUAGGUCAUUUGGAAUUGAGGUUUAUAACAUAUGUUCUAAAAGCUCCAUAAUGCACAAAGACACGAUUACUACAACAACCGAAAAUUACUCUCUGUCACUCCUAGAUGAUGAUCAUUUUGUGGUUGGUGUUUUUAACAAUACAAAGCCAGCAAUAAUUGUUUCUCGAAGUGGGACAGAAGAACACUUUAACCUUGAUUUUCCACUAAGAAAGUACGAUAUUAAAACAUCGCAGUGUUUAGUUUUAAACACAGGAGAUGGGUCAACUCUUUUCCUAACAAUUAUCAAUGACAAUUAUAUACAUGUUUUUGAUCUGACUAACAAAACCUGUACUAGAGUGACCCACCCAUCUGUGAUACAGCCGAGGUACAUAUGUGUCGGUCCAAUGGACACAAUUUUUGUGAGUUGUUAUGGAUCUCAUAAAAUUGCACAAAUAUCACAGCAAGGAAAGGUAAUAAGUGUUCUAGAUGCUCCCCGGUAUCUUAAAGCGCUUUCAUACUCUCGGUUGUGCAAGAAGCUGAUUGUUUCAACUGGCGAUAUGCCAUACUCCUUGCAUAGUUUUCACGUUUGUUAGUUGUUAUACAUGAGUAAACUAUGAGUUUACUUUAAAAUGCUAUGUUGUAUUUUAUUUGUUUAUGGAUCAGUUUUUAAAGUGUUGUUGAUUUGAUGAUUCAGAUGCUUUCGAAGGAGGGGUCUGUUGGUCGGUACCAAUGCGUUUCUGGAUGAUAACUCAAGAACGCUUAAGCCUAGGAUCAUGAAAGUUGACAGGGCGGUUGGUCAUAACCAGUAGAUAAUCCCUAUU